UCCAAGUAAGCAUUUAAAAAUUAUUACGGUUUUGAAGCAAAUUUCGACGUUGCGCGGCGCUCUCGCAAGCUCUUUAAACGAGAUAGCGUCUCAGCAUUAUUUGCAAUAACCUAAACUUAAGUAGCCAAGAAUGCAUACGAAUGGAUCGUUGUGAUAGAAAAUGUUGAUUUCAGAGAUGAAAGUUUGCGUAAUAGUAACAAUAAGUAAGUUAAAUUAUGCUUCAAAUGCCAAAAUGGCGUUACUGUUUCCAGUAAUCUCUUUUGUGUUCUUUGAUCAACUGUUACAAAGCCUGUCAGAACAAUUACCACAAAUACAACCGAUAACAUUUCCUAAACAAGUUAUUCUUGGUCAGAAAAUUAGUACUGUGUGUUCUGCUAUCUCUGGAAAUUCGCCUUUAACGUUUUCCUGGUUAAAAGACGGACGAGAAAUUAACGAUAAUGAUGAGAUAUCGAUUCAAUCGUUCAAAGAUUAUUCGGUAUUAUUUAUUGAAAAAGUAAAAGUUCAGUCUGCAGGAAAUUACACUUGUGUGCUUUCGACUUCGGCUGGUGUAGACAAAUAUACAGCGACUUUAGAAGUUCAAGCACCUUCAGCAUGGAUAAAGCAACCGAAGGAUGCCGAUGUAAUUGUAGGUAGUAUUCUGGUUUUAGAAUGCGAAGCUACAGGCUUACCCUUGCCAACCAUUACUUGGACCAAAUUAUUUAAUUUAAAAGGGGCAUUUCCUGAUCAAAAAGAACCAAAGCUUGGGAAAAAUGAAUUAGUUUUAGAAAGCAUCAGAGAUGUAGACGAAGGAGAAUAUGUUUGCGAAGCAAAAAAUGGAAUAGGUGAUGCUUUGAUCCAAAAAGUAACCGUAAACGUUCGGGGUGACUUUGUGUGAAGUGAGUAGGUUGGCUUUGUGUGAUGUAUGUAAUCUUUACUGCGUGGAUAGCUGUGCCAUUGGUUUAUAAAUUGUCGGCUUUAAAGUAUACUUAUUAAAUCAACAGCGAAAAAUGAAGAAGUUC